CACCAAGCUAUGGGGCUGAGCGACAUGCUGGCGUUCAAUCGUACGGUUUGCAAAUGCAUUCUGAUUUCCUAUUCGGGUGCUGUGUGACAAUUAAGCCUACCGCGUCAUGAUUGGCCAACAGCAUGCACCCCGCAUCCUUAGAAGCAUAAGCGCAUGCAAUCGUCCGCUAUCGGCAACAUGGAAAAAGCCAAUACUCAUCAUGCCUUCACCAUCUCCAGUCGACAUAGCCUGCCAUGGCCUAUAUUGCAACACCUCUGACCUCCAACUGGAGGUUCAAGCAGGGCAAUCUCACCUCGUCCUCUACCUACCUCCCUGCCCACAACGUGCCCACUGAAGUACACCGAGAUCUCCUGAAGAACCACAAAAUCGCAGACCCCUUCCUUGAUUUGAAUGAACUCUCCGUCCGCUGGGUCGCCGAAGAAACAUGGACGUACCAGACCACCUUCCCCACGCCUCAGGACAUCUCAGAAGAGCAAACGAAAACAACCCUCAAAUUCGAAGGUCUGGACACAUUCGCGUCCGUGUACCUAAAUGGGCACCUGAUCUUGAAGAGCGACAACAUGUUCCUGGAGUAUCGCGUUGAUGUAUCCUCAGAGAUCAGGGCUGGGGGAACGGAAAAUACAUUGGAGAUUGUCUUUGAACCUGCCCUGAAGAAAGGACUGGAAUUAGUAAGACAGCAUCCGGAACACAAUUUCAUAGUGCAUCAGACGGAAGUGUCGCGGGGUCCAGUGCGAAAGGCGCAGUAUCAUUGGGGCUGGGACUGGGGUCCUAUCCUGAUGAGUUGCGGGCCUUGGAAACCUAUUACACUUGAGUCAUAUGCCUACCGCAUUGACAACGUUUGGGUAGAGUAUGAGCUCAGUGAUGACUUGACGAAGGUCACUGGCAAGUUGUUUGCCAAGGUGGAAGGGCAACGGCCUGAUGCGCUGGAAGUGACAUUCUCUUUGACCGAGAAAGCAAUAUACGAUGAUGGAGGGGUCUAUAAAGGUCGGCACACCGGUAACGGUGUCUUCGAAGCGAGUUUCUCCGUCGAUGCACCAGUUGAACUCUGGUGGCCUCGCGGAUACGGCCAUCAAACGCUUUACGACAUCAAGGCUUCUGUCAGUCAUGCGGUAUCCAAUGUUCAAUACCACUCCGCUUCGAAGACAAUUGGCUUCAGAAAGGUAGAGCUGAUCCAAAACAAAGACUCCAUCGGCACGUCCUUCUACUUCCGCGUCAACAACGUCGACAUCUUCGCCGGCGGUUCAUGUUGGAUACCAGCCGAUUCUUUUCUCACCCGUGUCACAGCAGAGCGGUACCAUGAAUGGAUUCAAUUGGCAGCUGAAAGCAACCAGAACAUGAUCCGCGUCUGGGGCGGCGGUAUAUACGAGUCCGACGCCUUCUACUCAGCCUGCGACGAGCUCGGCAUCCUCGUCUGGCAAGACUUCAUGUUCGCCUGCGCCAACUAUCCCGCAUACGCGGACUAUCUCAAAUCGGUAGAACAAGAAGCGCGCCAGAAUGCCCGACGCAUGCGACACCAUCCGUGCAUAGCUUUAUGGUGCGGAAACAACGAAGAUUACCAAAUAGUGGAGCGCUACGGUCUCCAAUACGACGUGGAGAACCUCGACCCGGAAGCCUGGCUGCAGACAAACUUCCCCGCCCGCUACAUCUACGAGUAUCUCCUGCCCAAGGUCGUCAUGGAAGAGGCAGUCGGCACGCCGUACCAUCCCAGUUCUCCAUUCGGCAACGGCAAGAGCACGACGCUCAAGGUAGAUCCUACGAUCGGCGAUAUCCAUCAGUGGAACGUAUGGCACGGUUCCAUGGAACCCUAUCAGCGCUUCCCGGCCAUGGGCGGCCGCUUCGUGUCCGAAUUCGGUAUGGAGGCGUACCCGCAUCUCGAGACGCUGGAGAAAUGUAUCACCAGGGAAGAGGACCGGUAUCCUGGGUCCAUGGCUAUGGACUUCCGCAAUAAAGCGAUCGGACACGAGCGUAGACUGGUGUCGUAUGUGGCUGAGAACUUCCGGAUGAAGGCGGACUUUCCUGGCUUCGCGCAUUUGACUCAGGUCAUGCAGGCGGAUGCGAUGGGUUGGGCGUAUAGGUCGUGGAGAAGAGAUUGGGGACGGAGUGGGGAAAGGGCAUGCGGUGGUGUGCUGGUGUGGCAGUUAAAUGACUGCUGGCCGACGGUGUCCUGGUCCGUUGUUGAUUACUAUCUCGUCCCCAAGCCGGCUUAUUAUGCGAUAAAAAGAGAGAUGGAGCCCAUCGUGAUUGGGGUGGCGAGAAGCAUGCACGACUGGACGAAGCGGCCAGCUGACGAGCUGUGGAAACGGGAUACGGGGCAUAUAGACCCGACCCAGUGCUUGGAAAAUGUGCACUACGCUGUUUGGGUUUCAAGCAGCAAGUUGGAAGAGGUCAAGGCCAAAAUAGUCGUCAAGUUCAUCUCCAUCCGGACUGGCAAGGAGGUGUUUGAUGAGCUCACUUUCUACAAAGACAUUCAACUCAACGGAACCACGGAGGUCGUAUCGGCCAGAACCGCAGACCCCUUUGUCAUUUCCGCCAGUUUAGAAGUGGAAGCCGUCGAGAUAUCGAACUGCAUCUCGUGGCCGGACCCGAUAAAAUAUCUUCAUUUUCCGGACCGAGAUGUCCAGAUGAGGUACUCGGAUGACGGGGCUUCUGUUACAGUCACUGUGGGCAAGCCAGUUAAGGGGUUUGUUUUCAGUGAGCGUCAGGGUGUAAGGUUGAGCGACAAUGGGUUUGAUCUUGUGCCUGGGGUGAAGAAGACCGUUCAGGUGAAAGGCGUGCAUGCUAGUAAGCUUGAUUGGAGGUAUGUUGGGAUGUAG